CCCCCCCUUCCUGCCAACGCUGCAGCUGGCCCUGGCGGGUCCAUGGCCGCCCUUGGGACCCUGCGCUGAGCCCCGGAGUCCGGGGCCCUGCCGCUCCCAAGGGCCAAGCGUGUGAGUGUCCGGAUCACAAGGACCGACGUGGGGGCGCGGGCGCCGGCCACGCGGACAUGAGGCGGAGGCUGCGCCUACGUCGGGACGCGUUGCUCACGCUGAUCCUGGGCGCCGCCCUCAGCCUCCUGCUCUAUGCGCAGCGCGAUGGCAGAGCUCCCACGACUAGAGCGCCACGAGCGCAAGGGAGGGCAGCGCGGGGGCCCACCCCCCGGCUCCGUGUAUUCCAGGCACCGGACGCGGGCGCAGCCCUGCAGGUCUAUGAAGAGGAUACGCCGGAGCCGCCCACGCCCACGGGACCCUUUGACUUUCGCCGAUACCUGCGUGCCAAGGACCAGCGACGCUUCCCCCUGCUCAUUAACCAGCCGCACAAGUGCCGAGGCGAUGGCGCACCCGGCGUAGGACCCGACCUACUCAUCGCCGUCAAGUCAGUGGCGGCCGACUUUGAGCGGCGACAAGCUGUGCGCCAGACGUGGGGGGCUGAGGGUCGCGUGCAAGGGGCGCUCGUGCGCCGCGUGUUCUUGCUGGGCGUGCCCAAGGGCGCAGGCUCAGACCCAACUGAAGCGGAGGGGGCUGGCUCGCAAGCGCGCUGGCGCGCCCUACUGCGUGCCGAGAGCCGCACCUACACAGACAUCCUGCUUUGGGCCUUCGACGACACUUUCUUCAACCUAACGCUCAAGGAGAUCCACUUUCUGGCCUGGGCCUCAGCCUACUGCCCCAACGUACGCUUCGUUUUUAAGGGCGACGCCGACGUGUUCAUGCACGUAGGAAACCUGCUGGAGUUCCUGGCGGCGCGGGACCCGGCGCAGGACCUGCUUGUGGGUGAUGUGAUCGUACAGGCACGGCCAAUCCGGGCACGAGCCAGCAAGUACUACAUUCCGGAGGCUGUGUACGGCCUGGCGGCCUACCCGGCAUACGCUGGUGGAGGCGGCUUCGUGCUUUCGGGGGCCACGCUGCGCCGCCUGGCUGGCGCCUGCGCCCAGGUUGAGCUCUUCCCUAUAGACGAUGUCUUUCUGGGGAUGUGUCUGCAGCGCCUUCGGCUCACACCUGAGCCUCAUCCUGCUUUCCGCACCUUUGGCAUACCCCAACCUUCAGCUGCGCCACACCUGCGCACCUUUGAUCCCUGCUUUUACCGUGAGCUAGUUGUAGUGCAUGGACUAUCAGCCGCUGACAUCUGGCUAAUGUGGCACCUACUGCAUGGUUCGCCUGGGCCGGCCUGUGCGCAUCAGCGGCCUGUAGCCGCUGGCCCCUUCCAGUGGGGCCCGUAGUAAGCUAUCACAGCCCCAAGCUCCCUUCAUUCAGAUCCCCCUACUUGGGAGCUGAUCUGGAACAAUCUAAUGACAAACCUUUGAGGGGUAAGGAGGGUGGGAUGUGUGUGCGCGUGUGCAUGGAAGUGGCAGGGACUCAUGGACUCUGACCAAACAACUUGGUUUGAAACCCUGAGGAUGAUGCACACACAGGCCUUUCUCAUAGCUAGAUCCCACAAGGAGGUGUGGGGAUCUGACUUCAGCCUUCGUGGAACUGGCAGACAUGCUGUUAAAACUCAAUCUGAAAGUAGGCAUUUUGCUUCCAAUCUGUCCCUCCAAAUUAUAUUUUCAGGCUUGUCAAGGUCUUUAGAUCUCCUUUUGAGGAGACACCCCCUUUCCUGGGCCCUGGUUUGGUUGCAACAGCAGGGAUCGAGGCACACAGGGACAACUAAGUCUUUGCCCACCUCCAAAUACCCUGGGCACAAGAACCUAUACCCACACAACUAGGGCAAUCUCCUGGAGGCUGGAUUUUUUUUUUUUUUAAGGCUGUAUUGCCUUCAGAGGAGCCAAGGAACCUCUUGUGAGAUGACUCCACUAUACAUUGUCCCACAUUCUAAAAAAAGAGAGCCAAUGACCCCACACUUAUUUUAGUACAAACAUCCCAGCAACAGCACGUGGUGAGCCAUUGCUGAGGGCAUAGGUCUUUAUUGGAGAGGUGUGGGCAGGACAUGAGGAAGGUUCCCCCAUUCCAGGAGGAUGAGAUCAGUCCUGGCUGACCCAAUAGUGGGGAUAUGUGGAGUGGGGGUGGGGGUGGUGUCUCUGGCCAGGCUACAGUCCAAAGGGGAAGACACCAGUCAGUCACAAAGUCAUGAGAACGCCACACAAGCCUGGAUGUAGGCCCAGGAAUCAUAUAGGAACCUGGGGCAGGUCCCCUGCACAUUCAUCGUUAAACUAUACAGGAUGAGGCUGUACAUGAGUUAAUUACAAAAGUCAUAUUUACAAAAAUCUGUACACACAUUUGAAAAACUCACAAAAUUGUCAUCUAUGUAUCACAAGUUGCUAGACCAAAAUAUUAAAAAUGGGAUAAAAUUAUA